AUGGCCCCUCCUCCCCAGGCUGGUGCCUCUCCGUACGCCCCUAUAGCAGCUGCUCAACCCCCGCCACCAAACCCUUACGCGUCUGCUCCUCCUCCCCCGGCUGCUGCUGUUCCACCACCACCUCGGGCCCAGGUUCCGCCGCCACCUCAAGGUGCUCGCCCAGGUCUUGCUCAAUCCCAGGCGGCUGCCCCUCCUCCACCAGCGGCAUCCAAGUAUCCUGCCGGCGACCGUUCACAUAUCCCCCCGAACGCUAUGCCCAUCUACGAGAUCCUUAACCCUAAAAUCCAAUUCCUUGAGCCUCGUGCGCCAGAGAAGUUCAAGAAGCAGACUCAGCGAUCUGCGAGCUCUUUGAAUGAAAUCUUCGAUCGCCUCAACAACGAGACUUUCAAGCCAGAGACCGUGUCAAAGCUGGUCGGCUUAGCUCAAGCCGUUGAAGCUCGCAGAUACGAUGUUGCUACCAAGAUCCACAGCGAUCUUCUGGUCAACAACAACGAUGAAUAUAGCAGCUUGCAGAUCGGAGUCAAGUAUCUGAUCCAGAUGUGUUCAGCCACCUGGAGAGCCGAAGAAACUCCUUCUCAGUCACAAAUUCUGUAA